AUGGGCAAGUCUCAGAAGAAGCGCCAAAUGAGGCGUCACAAUCCUAUGCGUGUACCAGACUCUCACCUUCCUAAGGGAUUGGACGCAGCGUCGGCAUCGUCGUCUAGGAAAGAAGCCAUUCUGCCAAUCCUACAAAAGAUGGAAAGCCCUGACCCUGCCGAGCGCAAGUGGGCAUGUGUUGCCGUGUCUAAUCUAAUUCAAAAUGAUCCUUCGACAAGACGCUUGCUUCAAGGCAAGAAUGUUGUCGGAGCACUCAUCACGCGUCUUACGGAUAGUGAGGAAGAAGUUGUAAUUGAAGCUGCUGGUUCCCUACGGAAUUUAUGUAUAGAUGGUGGAUUUGAUAUAUGCGCGGAAAUGUAUAACAAGAACAUCCUUGCCCCUCUGAAGACAUUUGUACCUAAGAUAUCAACUACUCUCUCAAAAUUUCUCUCUACGCCAAAAGAUGUUUCUGAGAGCGCACAAAAACUGGUCUAUGAGUUCGCUGACAAUGUGAUCACCAUCUUAUGGUGUCUGUCAGAGACUUCAAACAAAGCCAUGAAUGCCAUUAAUCAAAUAUCACUCAUUCCUUUCUUGAUGUCAUUUAUUGCUUCGCGGGACAAACUGCCAACGACUACUGUGACAUCUGCAGCGCAGUGUCUGUACGUACUCACGGACGAAAAUAUGCCGGCUGUAGGCGAAUUGCGGUCAAAUGCUGCAUUCACUACAUGUCUUCUGUCUGUAAUUCAGUCCGACCAGCCGGCUCAACCAAAUAGUAAGAAUCACGCUAUCCCGAUUGAUGACCGCGGACUGAUAUUCCGUGUCCUAUGUUGUGGCAUCCUAAAAAAUAUCGCACCUGUCCCACCUCCCUCUCUUGCCGCUACCGUGGACAUCGAUCGUGCUAUAGUUCUACCGACUCUCGAGCCAGUAUUAUCGCUACUAUCUCUGUCAGAGACCACAGAACAGGCACAAGCAUUUUUAGCAAAAGAAGAAUCUAUUCCCGAAAUCGAGAAGCUUUCCUUAAAGCAUGCUCCAAAAUCGGAUCAUCGAACACCGUCUGAGGUGGAGCUGCAGCGUCUGGAAACAAAAUUACGCACCGUGCAGUUGGCACUAGAAAUUCUGACUGGCUUGUGUGCCUCCUUGCCCGACCCUGGAUCCGUAGUUCACGGUGAUGACACCAAGCUCGACGGUGAUGAUGAAAGCGAAGGCAAGCUCUGUGAGGACAUGGACGCCGACGUUGACAUGGUGCCGGACGAAUCACCUGCGGACUCUACACCAUCAAAUCCAACAUUCUUCCAUACCCUCGUUUCCCCCCUCCUAGCGCUCAUACAGCCCACAUCACUCUCUUUCCCCCCGUCUGACGGUCAAUCACCACAUCCGCCUACGACCUCAGCUCUCAGCGCCAUCCACAUCAGCGCGCUCGAAUGCCUAAACAACAUCUUCCUCUCCCUCCGCUUAGCGCCUGCGCAGGCGGCCCAUGCUAACGCCGACAGCGGACGAAUGGUCUGGGACGCACUGUGGCAUGCAUUGGACAUCGUUGGGACGGAUAUCAACCGGCCAGGCCAGGAGCGACGGCGUGAGAUGUGGGAGAUCGGCGUGGGCGUCGCGUGGGGUGUUGCCAACUCGUGGAAAGGCGUGCUCGUGCCUGCCGAGUCCCAUAUCCAGGUACUCAUACAGCUGUGCAAUAGCACCACGGAUCACAGCGUCAAGGUCAAGUGCAUCGGGACACUCGAGUGCCUGGCGCAGCACCCCGACUCCGUCGAUUCGAAUCGGGCUAUCGCACGCUACCUACUAAUGUUACUACCGCCGGCGGCGGCGCAACCGACGGCGACGGAGCCAUUGCUGCAGGCCGGUUCAGCACUCAUAGAUAUCUACUCGGACGAAACGCUGCCGUACGAUGUCAAUUUCCGCGAGUGCAAUAUGCUCGACGCGCUCGUCGCAAGCGUUGAAGGCGUACGGCGCGCGGUGCGCGGGAUUGACAAAAAGCGCGAGCGCGAACUGCGCAUGCGGGGCGAGGAAGUGCGGGACAACCUCGUAGCGUUUAUCGAGUACAGGCGCGGACUAGGCGUUUGA